AUGAGCCCCGAAAGCAGUGUUGCACGCUCGAAAGGCGUGUCUAGGCAGCAUGCGAUCGAAUGGGUGGAUCGCUACGGCGAGGCCUGGCGCUUGCAAGACGUAGAGAAGAUUCUUGAGCUCUUCACAGACACUGGGCUGUACGUUGAGCGGCCCUAUGACCCAGAGAAUGGGAUCUACCGGGGCCACGAGGGCAUCAAGAACUACUGGAUAACUCACAUACAAAUGCGCGAGAGGAACAUCGACUUCAGGAACGUUGUGGAGGACUUGGUCUUCGACGAUGAAGCACAGACGGCUGUGGCAAAAUGGGAGGCUUCCUUCGAGGUGCGCCAGUCCGAGGAUCGUCAGUGGCGGAGGGUCCAAUUCCUGCAGGUCGCUAAGCUGCGCUUUGCGCCAGAUGGCAGGGUCUGGCAUCUGGAAGAGUACUGGCACGGAAAGUCACUUCAGCGAGCCUCCAAAGGUCUGCGGGAUCCUCGAGCCCGCCGAGCUCGUGCCGGGCCGAAACGGCGUCCACCAGACCUGCGCGGGCGCACCUGCUGCCACGCCACCCUCUGCGAUGCGGAUCUCGGCCCCUUCAGCAAGGAAGCCCUGCGCAUGGAAGCUCGCAAGGCUCGGAGCGGGCCCAUGGAAGGCUACGGCAAGAACCCGGCUCCUUCAGUUCAGGGGGUGGCGGCGCAGGCUUCCUCCGUUGUAGUCAAUGCGCUUGGAAAGUUGCCGGCCGCCAGUAAAUCCGCCGAUCUGGUGGAGUGGUAUCGGCACUUGAUCUCGUCAGGGAAGCUGGCGGAGGAGAGUGACGUAACAGGUGCAGCAGUGAUUGCUCCAUGGGGUAUGCACCUUUGGGAGGAGCUGCGCCGUUGGCUAGAUAUGGAACUUUCCCUGCUGGGGGCAAAGCCCUUUGCCGUCCCAAUCCUCGCACACGGUGAAGGCAAACAGUCUGCCGACGCACUACGAGAUGAGGUCCAGCUGGAAGCACGCACUGCAUGCGAGCCGCUCUUGUACAAGGUGAUGGGCAAAUCCUGGGUAAACUCGGUGCGUGACCUUCCGAUGGUGCUGACACGAUGGGCCUCCGCAGUGACGCCUAACAGCACGAAGAGGCCACUGGCCUUUCUUCGAGGCCGAGAACUGUACGUCCAAGAAGGACAUGCAGCCCAUGCUUCAGAGAAGGACACCUCAGAGUUCGCCGAGAAGAUCGCCUCCCUCUACGAACGCCUCUGUGCCGAGCUCUUGGCCAUUGCCCCGCGGAGUCGCAAGGGCAGGUCCUCGCUGGAUGGUGUGAAGACGACGGUUGAAGUGGCGAUUCCAGGCACAGGGACCUCCCUGGAAGUGGCGGCCGUGCAUGAGUUGGACCCGCAGCGAGCUUCAGGCUUCAACAUGCGAUAUUGCACGGCCGACUCGGAGGGGAAAUGCGUCAACCACGUGUGCUCAUUGACGGCUUUCUCGCUGUCUUGUCGCGUAUUGGCCGCUGCUAUUUGCGCUCACAGUGACGAUGUUGGGAUCGUGCUGCCGCCACGAUUAGCAUGCGUGCAGGUGAUCAUCAUACCCAUGAUUCGCUACGAAGACCGGAAAGGCGAUGAAGCUGGCCAGCGGUGCGUGAGACAGAUCCUCGAGUGGUGCGAAGCGCUGGCGAAGCUCCUGACGAAUCCAGCGAGCAAUGAGUCUGUGAGGGAGCCAUGGACGGAUCGCGUCAGGGCGGAGACAGAUUCGCGAGCCGAUCUGACUCCUGGGAAGAAGAUCCGGCAUUGGCUUUUGCGCGGCGUGCCUUUGCUGCUCACUGCCAGGCUUGUCGAAGGCGAGCCCACACUGGCGCAAGCGCGCAUCACUGCCCGGGACAUGCCAGGCGUCGACGUCCUGGGAAACCCGACUCUGGAGCCGGAGGCGGCGGCGGUGGCUGCAAGGCAUCAGCUCGCGGAGCUUCAGAGGCGGCUUUACGUCCGGCACCAAGCUGCUGAAGAAGGAUGA